AUGGCUGCCGAGCUGCCGCUUUUCAACUUGGGCCAGCCGUGGAACCAUGGACCUUUCAUUACGCUGCUCGGUGACGAUCUGUACCGCACCUCAGAUGGACACGGCCAUAUCAUGCAAGGCUUGCUCCCCGACUACCCCGUGCAUUUGGCAACGACGAUCGCCGCAGCGAUUCGGACUGGAUACGAAGAAGCAACCCCCGUCAACGGUCUCGCCGCACAAGCUGCUGCUGUCCAAGCAGCUGCACAAGCUGCCGUGCAAGCUGCUGCCGCACCGAAUGUCCGACGCCGCAACCACCGCUACAACCUCCGCCACUGAAAGAUUCCUGGCAUGGCAUUUCUCGUUUUCGUUUUGC